AAAGGAACUGUCAAUAACGUCAAACAAAAUAAAAACACGAGUGUUCCCCAAGUUUCACAUGUGUGCAUGUGAAUUGUGAAAUAAGUUGAUUAUGUGAAUAUUGGAUUUAUACGUUUGGUCAGUAAAAUAUGUCUUCUAAAGACAAGGAAGAUCAUCUUCCGGGUUUUGAUGCCCCCGAAGAUGUUGAAAACUCACAAGAUGAAACUCCGAACAAUAAGAAAAAAAAGAAGAGUUCUGGUGGAUUUCAGUCGAUGGGAUUAAGUUUCCCAAUACUUAAAGGUAUUACGAAAAGGGGAUAUAAGCAGCCAACCCCAAUACAGCGCAAGACAAUUCCUCUUGCAUUAACAGGCAAAGAUGUAGUUGCUAUGGCUCGAACAGGGUCGGGUAAAACGGCUUGUUUCGUCCUCCCUAUAUUGGAAAAACUGCUAGCUCCAAACUCAAAGCCAUUGCCAGGAAAAAACUUCAGAGCUCUCAUCCUCUCACCUACUAGGGAGUUGGCUUUACAGACAUUAAGGUUUGUGAGAGAACUUGGAAAGUUCACUGGGCUCUCAUCAGCAGCAAUUCUUGGCGGAGAGUCAAUAGAGCAGCAGUUCAGUGUGAUGUCGGGUACAGCACCGGAUAUUGUGGUCGCGACUCCGGGGCGGUUCCUUCACAUCUGUAUUGAGAUGAGCUUGAAACUUGAUAACAUACAAGUCAUAGUAUUUGACGAAGCUGAUCGGCUCUUUGAGCUUGGAUUUGGAGAACAACUUCGAGAAAUUGUUGCCCGAUUACCUUCAUCCCGUCAGACACUGUUAUUUUCGGCGACGCUACCAAAAAUGUUGGUGGAAUUCGCCAGAGCAGGUCUGACGGACCCGACUCUAGUGAGGUUGGAUGUGGAUUGGAAGUUGCCAUCAACCUUGUGGCUGGGUUGGAUCGCAGUAAGAGCAGAAUUAAAGACCGCUGCCUUGUUGAUUCUCUUGGAUAAAGUUUUAACCGCUAAAACACCACAGGCAGUCGUUUUUGCAGCCACCAAGCAUCAUGUCGAGUAUUUGCAUUUAAUUCUGCAACAGGCUGGCAUAUCGUCUACAUACGCGUACUCCGGACUCGAUCCAUCGGCGCGUAAGAUAGCUCUCGGUCGCUUCACCAACAAAAAGUGCUCAGUACUAAUAGUUACUGACGUCGCCGCUAGAGGUCUCGAUCUGCCUGCUUUAGAUACUGUCAUCAACUACAACUUUCCCGCCAAACCAAAGCUUUUUGUGCAUAGAGUUGGUCGCAGUGCUCGAGCCGGUCGUGCGGGUCGUGCUUUCUCUUUAAUAGCGCCAGAAGACGUCGCUCAUCUAUUAGACCUUCAACUGUUUCUCGGAGCAGAACUCAUAUCUCCUUCUCAAGUCAAAGAGAGUGGGUCCACCUGUCCCAGCGGAGUUUGGGGAGCUAUACCUACCUCACAGCUCGAGCUAAGGCAUCAGGAUAUUAUGGCUUGGGAGAAGAAUGUUUCAGAAAUUGAAGACGCAGCUCGUGUCUGUGGUCGUGGUUGGCAACAAUAUAUAAAAUGGCGCGAGCCUGCCUCAGCCGAGGCCAACAAGCGCGCCAAGCUAACUAACUUCCCCGUAGUUGCUCACCCAUUCUUGGUGGACGAGAUGGAAAGCGCCGCUGUCGAUAUGAUUGAGAAAAUCAAGAAUUAUACGCCUAAAGGAACGAUUUUAGAAUUGGCCGCUAAGAAUGACGCUCCUAGUUAUUUGGCUAUGAAGAGAAAGAAACAAGUGCACGGCAAGACUGUACAGAAAGUACGAGACAAUAAGAAAUUGAUGGCUGAAGGCGUAUUGGAAGACUCGAGCAACAUAAAAAUGAGUCGCCCGCCGAACCAGCCCCCUAAGAAGAAGAAGAAAGAAGUCGUUCGCGAUGAGAAUUACAUCUCACAUUACGCUAGCGAUCAACAUACUGAAAUGGGUAUGGCAGUGAACUUCGCGGUGGGCGCCGAGUCUGCCCAGCUAGAGCUGGGCGCGGACAGCGGGGACGCGGCGCGCGCGCAGAAGGCCAUGCUGCGCUGGGACAGGAAGCGGAAGAAGAUGGUGCAUGUCGACCCGGACGGAGGUCGCAAGAUGAUUCGCACGGAGAGCGGAGGCCGCGUCCCUGCCUCAUACCGCAGCGGACGGUACGACGAGUGGCGGAAGCGAAACGUCGCCGACGCAGGCUCCGACGAUGAACAGGGACACGAUACUAACAGGAAGAGAGCUGCUUCAGAAUUUAGACCUCACUGGGUGAAACACAACGAGCGAGUCGCCAAGAAAUCAGCGGAGGCCAAGUCUAAAGAAUUCAAGAACAAACAACAGAUCGUCAAGGAAAGAAUACGGAAAGAAAAGAUUAAACAGAAACUCAAGUAUAAGAAUAACAAGAAAAAGAAGAGGAAAUAAAUACUAAUAAAUUGAUUUAUAAAUUUAA